CGAAAACUGUUUAUGAACUGGCAUCCCUUCUUCGAAAUGUAAAGCGAGGACCUCUUUAAGUGGCGCCCCCAACUACAGCCGCCGCCGCCGCCGCCGCCUCAAAAUUCAAUAAAAUGAGCUCUUAUUUCGUCAACUCACUGUUCUCCAAAUACAAAACCGGGGAGUCCCUGCGCCCCAAUUAUUAUGACUGCGGCUUCGCCCAGGACCUGGGCGGCCGACCCACCGUGGUGUACGGUCCCAGCAGCGGCGGCAGCUUCCAGCACCCGUCGCAAAUCCAGGAGUUCUACCACGGGCCGUCGUCGCUGUCCACGGCUCCCUACCAGCAGAACCCGUGCGCCGUGGCGUGCCACGGGGACCCCGGCAACUUCUACGGCUACGACCCGCUGCAGCGGCAGAGCCUGUUCGGUGCGCAGGAUCCAGACCUGGUGCAGUACGCCGACUGCAAGCUCGCCGCCGCCAGCGGCCUGGGCGAGGAGGCCGAGGGUUCGGAGCAGAGCCCGUCGCCCACACAGCUCUUCCCCUGGAUGCGCCCUCAAGCAGCCGCCGGACGCAGGCGAGGCCGACAGACCUACAGCCGCUACCAGACCCUGGAGCUGGAGAAGGAGUUCCUAUUUAAUCCCUAUCUGACUCGCAAGCGACGGAUCGAGGUAUCGCAUGCGCUGGGACUGACUGAGAGACAGGUCAAAAUCUGGUUCCAGAACCGGAGGAUGAAGUGGAAAAAAGAGAACAACAAAGACAAGUUCCCCAGCAGCAAAUGCGAGCAGGAGGAGCUGGAGAAACAGAAGCUGGAGCGGGCCCCGGAGGCGGCGGACGAGGGAGACGCGCAGAAGGGCGACAAGAAGUAGGCUCCAGCUGGGACUGCCAGGGCCGCGGCUGCCCUGCGUCCGCAGGUCCCCCGACCGCGCCGCCGUCGUCUGCCCCCGCCCAAGAGAGCUCUGGCCCCGCGAGCGGGGCCGGGAGCCUGGCCUCCCACCGCAGCGUCCCCGCCGCGCCAGUCCCCGCUAGUGGUAGUAUCUCGUAAUAGCUUCUGUGUGUGAGCUACCGUGGAUCUCCUUCCCUUCUCUUGGGGGCCCGGGGGGCAAAAAAAAAAAAAAAAGGAUUUCAAGCAAGGACUCCCUCGCCCUGCGAGGGUGAGCGGCUGCGGCCUGGCUGAGCACCCCCCAUGCCCCCGCCCC